UAGGAAUUAAAGUGUUCUCUCUUCUGACUUUUUUUUUUUUUUUUUUUUUUGUUACCUCUUGGGCAACUCGUGUUUUAUUUAAUUUAUUUAUUUAUUUUGAAGUCGCCUGUAGAAAGGAUGACUCAGAGUGGUUUUCAUGGCCACCACUAGUUUCCAGAAACUGGAGGACGAGUCCAGCCCACGGGACAAAGCAGCAACAAUAAUACAGCGGACCUGGAGAAGAUAUGUGUGCAAAGAAGUCUUCAGGCAUGUCCAGAAGAUGAUCAGCCAAUGCUAUCAGCAGGAUCCCAGGUCACUUCUCCGAACCGUCAAUCCUCGAGAGGCAGAGCUGCUCGAUCCUGCGGCAGGCGUAUUCAUCCGAUUUCGACUAGGAGGGGUGAAUUUUCCUCCCCAGGUCUACUACAAGAUCUUCACCUACCGGCCCAUCGUGGAUAUAUGCGCAAGCAGCCCGAAGGACUACAAUCACCUCUUCCGCAUGAGGUAUUUGACUGAGAAGAGGGAUCCGACUCUAAACUCGACGGACCGAACGGGUUGGUAUCGGCGUGUGGAGAACAACAACUGGAGGCUGUUCUGUUGCAAACUCCUUACCAAGGAAGAACCCAUAGACAAUUUUGUCGUCAAGAAAAUAGACUUUAAUCCGUCGAAGAUGCAGCGGAAAGAGGAUGUGAGGAGAUGGAGGAAAAGGAGGAAGAUUGAGUGGCUGAGGCGGAUGUACCAGGAGGGCCGAGAGGAGACUCUGGAGGAGCAGUCCGAUCAGUCCGACCUGUUGACAGUGGCGAGGAAAUCAGCGAAGGACAUGAUGAGCUCAAUCGAAGACAAAGGAGAAGAUGAAAUAUUGGACUGGGAGCUGGAUGAACUGUUGGCCUGGACAAGCAGCCUCAACUUUGAGGAGUACAUGGAAGAGUGGCAACAACUGGCCUGCAGUCACACGUCCGAGAUAAGCAAAGAUCGUGCAAUAUUAACGCCAGUGGUGGGUCUGAGUCACUUGGGACCUCCAGUAACUUAGGUCAAGCAGAAUAAAAUCAAGAAUGGUAAC